AGAAAAGCCGAUCCUGUCGGGAGCGCUGAGUGAGGAGCCGGCCGGACCCAGCGCCCUCUCUCUCCCCGGCCUUGCUAUAUGGGAGGCGGGCUGUGCCGGCAGCGCAGCGCUCACACUCCGGAGAGCCGGGGGAAGCAGCAGCAGCGGCCGGCCAGGGACUGCUUCCUCCGCGGGCCGUGCAUGCUCUGCUUCAUCGUACAGCACAGCCAGCGGGACCCCCGAGCUCCCUGCCGCCCCCGAGCUCCCAGCCCGGCCUCCCCCGAGCUCCCUGCCGCCCGCCUGCUGCUCCCCGGCCUGCUGUGCCCAGGGCUGCUCAGGGGCCCCGGCCUGCUGUGCCCAGUGUCCCCCCCGCAGGCAGACAUGGUGUGCAAGAGGAAGAACAGCGGCGAUGGGCCGCAGCGACCCUGCAAGCUCCCCCGCAGCGCCACGUCCGAGGAGCCCCCCGGCGUCCUGAGAGCUGAGCGCCAAGAUGGAGGUGUACCGGCCACCGCCGCUCAAGACGGCUCGCAGGACGAAGACUGCCCGGCCGCACAGCCUCAAAACGCAGGCACCUCCGCAGGUCUUCUGCCUCGAGAGCAUGGCGCUACAGCUGUACGGUCGCAGGAGGAUGGCUGUACGGUCGCAGGAGGAUGGCGCCCUGGCUGUACGGUCGCAGGAGGAUGGCGCCCUGGCUGUACGGUCGCAGGAGGAUGGCGCCCUGGCUGUACGGUCGCAGGAGGAUGGCGCCCUGGCUGUACGGUCGCAGGAGGAUGGCGCCCUGGCUGUACGGUCGCAGGAUGAAGAUUCUUUGGCUGUGCCGUACCAAACUUGCGACCCCUCAGCUGUACUCUCGACUUUACAGUCGCAAGACAUAAGCCCAUACACUGUUGAGCCCCAGUGCCGUAGGGUCCUAACCACACAGUCUCAGGAGAACUGCACCUCAGGGCCAGAGCUCAAGCCCCAGGACAGCUGCAUCCCAGAGCCUAAGCCCAAGACCCAGGAGGAGGAGACUGAUCAGUUUCAUAUUCACCAGUUGCCCUCAUCCAUUCUGCUUAAGGUGAGGCGGACUGUCGAGAACGUUAAGUCACUGCUCACACCAAAACCCCUUUUUACUUUUGGUGCGUUGGGAUGUGGGUAAUGGAAGGACAGCACCAAAUGCUACAUAGAAUGUCAUCUACAAACUGAAUAAAGAUGCAGCAUAUUUCCUCUCAAUAAGAGGUUUUGGGGGAACCUGCAAAACAAUUCCCGAAAUGGUCACAUUCUGUGAAGAGAAUAUAUUCCUUCUGAUGAUAUUAUUAUUAUUUUUUUUUUUUCAUUCUUGCACAAAAUCUCAUAAAGUGUGCCAUGAAAUUUGACUUUCAAAAAGUGAAUGCUCUUCAAGUGGAUGGUGUAGUAUGACAACCCACGAUACUCCAAUUGUUGCUUAGUCUCCUCACUAUUUCAACAUGAUUUGCAUAAUAGCCCUUAAUAUCUAUUGGGAUGAUACUCAAAUUUAGCUUCUGAAAGAACAGGGAGUAAUGUAUAAAGCAUCAGAUUCUAGCUAUGUAAUAAGGUGGUAGAAAGGAGUAGCCAUAAAAUUACUUUGCCUAAUAGGAAGAUUAACGCUGCAAGGUCACCCACAUAUUAACAAUUUAGUAUUACAUAAAGCUAGAAUCUUUUAUGAAAUACUCAUUAUGACUUUUGGAAUUUCAUCGAAAUUCCAACCCAGUCAAGAGAUAUACAGAGACAAAGUAGGCACUACUUUGUCUCUGUAUUUCUCCUCCACCUGACUUUCUUUGACACAAGAUGGAGUCUAAUAAUCAAUUUUCGCACCAGCUGUCAGCUGCAGGGAAUUGGCUGUAUGGAAUUGACCUCCAUACUUGUGCCAGAGUACAGCAGUUAUGAUGGUGCCAAAGAGGACCAAGAUGGCAGUACCUGUGAGGGACAAGUUCAGGUAAGUCAACUUACCUUUACUUGCUCCCCCAGCCAAUGGACCACCAGCGGCACGGUCACCACCGGGGGACUUUACGAAUUUGGCAAAGCCCCCAAAUGGUGACAGAGCCACUUUAAAGAAUUACUCCUAGCACUAUGACCACUUCAUUUUGCUGCACAUACAGAAUUAAUGAACUUUGCUGUUGGAGGAGUAACCAAGUAUGGUAGUAUGAAAAGCAGGCAUGGAAGAGAGUUGUGGGCUGGCUAAUGUUACAUUUGUGCAUGCAAGGUAGCCGUUCUUCAGCAUGCAUAGCAUGCUGGUGACAGACGAACAAUGGCUGCUUUGAUUGUUCUCUUGGAUGUCCCUCCCUCUGCAGUGAGGAGGACUAAGCUUCUGGGAGAACUUGUCCUCAGUGUGGUUUCUAAAUUUAGUGUACCCUUUAAAUAGACAUGGGUAGGUGUUACCAUACCAACAAGGCAUUGAAGCCUGCCCCUUUACACUUGAACACACUAUAACAUAUAGAGUUUAUUUAUUUUUAAAGGACUCUGCAAGCACUGUAAUCACUCAUAGCAAUGGUUAUGCUGCUGAUUAACUGUCCUUGACAGCUUAUAUUUUAUUACCCCACUUUCUUUGUAUAGGGAAUUUUUGCUUCCUCCUCAAACUAUCUAAACAAAUGGACAUGGCCAUAUGAGCACUUCUUUUACAGAUUUGAUGUGUACAUUUUCCAGGACAGCUCUGGCAGAAAGACUGACGUGCUUACACAUUCCAAAUGCUUAGAUGGCUUCAAUGGGGAAGUGAUGCUGGUAGUGUUCAAUGCAGGUGCCAAUGAUAAACAAAAAAAAUCUUACAGAUCGCAAGGAUAUGAAAGAUAAGAGUUUGGGUAUUGUUUCCCAGCACCAUAUCACCUACAGUACUCUUUUGUGGUUAUAACCUUUGGAUUGUCUUUUAAUAUACAUUUUCGUUUUGCAGUCCAUGUUUGAACGAUAGAUGUAGCAGUAAAAACUUGAAACCGUGUAUUUAGAAUUCCAAUCCAUCAACAUAUGGUCCUGUGGAAUACUACGACAUUUACAUGCACACUUAUACUAUAGCAGUAAGGUGCAUGAGCAAGUAUGUCAUGUUAAAGGUUCUGUUAGGGCACCAUAACAACCUAAUCAAAGUUCAGUUGUUAUGGUGCAAACCGGUCCCUGUUGAUUACUUACUUGUAGGAGUUAAACCGUUAACAACUGGUCCAACACCAAAGUUGGAUCUUCAGCGUUUUCAUUAACAUCCGGUUUCUGAAAUUCAGCUAGAGAAAGCAUGGUGGGCAGAGGCAUCUUUUAUUUUAAUUUUAUUUAUUAUAAAUUAAAUGCUUAUGGAUGGAAUAAAAUAUCUAAAGAUAGGUUCCUUCACCCUUCCCUGCUUAAUUGAACUUAUGUCUGCAGAUAACAUGAACUUUUUCAAAGCAAACUUGUUACAAAAUAAACAUAAAAAGUUCUGAAUAAAAAGUAAUCCAGUGGUUAUUCUGCAAAUCAGUGUACACACAUUGCCAUAGGUAGAGGAACCCUAUAAUGUUGGUGUUCUUAAAGUAAAUCUCCAAACAUAUAUGUGAUCUGGAGAUAGUUUAUGUCCAAUAAUUUCAUCAUUAUCUAAUGAUAUAUAGCAAAAUUUGUUCUGAUAUAACUGUUAAACUGAUCUGAAAACUGGUUGCACCGACUAGUGAUUUAAAUCAAAUCCACUCUGCUGCUAUAAAAUUUGUCGUCCGGUCAUUAAUUGCAUGAUUUAACAUUUUAUUUAGAAGUAGAAUAUUUAUGUGCAGCAGUUUGCUAUUCUUUGUACAGAUUUGUGGAGUUCAAGCCUUUACCUUAAAUGGGUUAACUUAAAUUAUCAGUAUAACGAUUUAACUUUUGCUUUUCUUACUCUGUUUUAACUGGCUGCAAUGAAACUAGACGCACUAAUAACUAGUCUUAUGGCAGGAUUGUCAUACAAAAUCGCAAGGUCUCUCAGAUCUUUCAUUGCCAGGAAAGAGCCAGAGACUUAAUUCGGUAAACGGUGUAAUAGAAAAAAAGGACCAUUAAACAACAUUAUCACCACAUCUCUUGAAUCUACACCUCUGAAUAACACAUUGAAGAUGACCAGAUGUGACACAAUUUCUGUGAAAUUACUGAAAUGGCUUGAUUGAAAAUAGGACAACUCUUCUUGCAUCAUAACCAAAACACUAAGUCCUAUUGAUUACUGUGCUUCCAGUCUCUUUAAUACCAAUGAAAAGGGGCCCCAUGUGUCUCAUAGUGGCCAUGAAUGGCUUAAGCCCCUAUUCAUUUCCACAUCCCAGAUGGUAGCAUGCAGUGGUUAAGGUGCAGUUUGCAUGGAUACCGUGGGUGAGGUGGUUAAAUGAAUUUGGCAGGUAUUUUCCUGGGCUUCCCUAAUGUGGUGUGCUGUGGGUAAUAAGUUAACCCCUUAAGGACACGACGGAAAUAUUCUGUCAUGAUUCCCUUUUAUUCCAGAAGUUGUGUCCUUAAGGGGUUAAUACUUCCAGAAGUCAAUACUACCCCAAAAAAAGCAGGAGCAGUGGUUAGUUCAAUGGAUGUCAGCUUGCUUGUCUGCCUCCUCUUCAUUGAUAUAUAACCUCUGCUACAAAUGUAAAUGCCAAAAGGGUACCAAGCACACUGGCAAUAAUCUAUCCAAACCAAGGGACAUUACCAGGGCAUAUUCAACCAUUCUGACACAAAAUGAAAAAAAAAUCAUACCUACCUUUCCCUCUCUCCCUAAUUGUAAGUGGCCUCUAACUACCCUGUGUACUUGCAAAAUAAAAUAAUACCAAACUGAUAAACGAAGCACAAUAAUUUGUUUUGCCAGCUAGACAGGCAUGCUUUGUAUUGUAAAAUAGAUAAAAAUUCCUUAAUGCCACCUCCACUUUAAAAGGUCUAAAUGCAAAAAUGACAUCCUUCAAGCUCGAAGCUUAAAUGCAAAAAAUAUAUAUUGGCCUUAACGUACGAUUCACAUUCAUUCAUGGAUCAAUGUGACGUUAUUGGUAGAGGGGUAUUUAUUGUGUCUCUUGGUGUCUUGGCAUUAUUCUUGCAUUAUGCCUGAGUGGUGUACUGAAUCAGCUAAAGAGCGUUAGUGUUGGUUAAGCUAUAUUGAUUCAACUGUCUUUAUUUAUUUAUUUAUUUUAAGGAGUCUUUCUAAAUUACUUUUUUUUUUUUUUUCCUAAAUUCUUAAUUUCGAUGUUUACAAAGAUUUUCACCAUUUGAGUGCGUAAACUAAAGAACAUGGUUGGACUGGGUUGCGUAUACUCGGCAAGAAUGCAGUAGUGCUGCAUUGAUUGCUGUAAGGCCUUAUAUGUUAAAGACCUGUUAAGUUGCCACAAAAAUUUCCCUGUGUAAGACAAAGAUAUUCAAAAUAAAAAUGUUUUUAACAAAACAAGUGAAGAGAAAGGUGGUCACUCUCAGUUUAAUGUGGCACGUAAACUAAUUAAAUGAAACUUAUGCUUUUGAUUCUAGUUAAAGGAUGUCACCUCAAAAUUGUAAUAUAAUAAUGUUUUGAAUGAAACUUAAUCAAGUUUUUUGAAGUAAAUGUAAAAGAAGAAAUAGAAAAACUAAACUUUACCUUUUUGUAUAUGACAGGAUCCUUCAGCCAUGUACAUGCACCUUUGGUCAUACAUUGUUUGAAACCCAACUGUUAUGGUCUCUAUUACACCAUAGAGACUGUCGUUUUUCAAAUAAAUGCUGCCCAAUGGUCCAUGUAUAUGGCUUAAGGAUCCUGUCCUAUACUAAAGGUAUGGAUGAUUUAUUUUUUAUUUUUUUUAACAUAUAUUUAACAACAAAAAAGUGUGUGUAUAUAUUUAUUGAAUGCAACUUGAAGCAAGGAUUAUAUUGAAAGUUUGAGGAGACCGUUGUCCUUCAACAAAUUUGAAUUCUAGUUAAAUAACACUUUCAAAUUUCUCUUUUACAGAUAUUUUCUAACUUAUCCCUGAUCGAGCGCUGUCUGUCCGCAUCACUUGUCUGCAAAUAUUGGCGUGACCUGUGCUUAGACUUUCAGUUCUGGAGGCAGCUGGAUCUCAGUGGUCGGCAGCAGGUACUCAAGAUUAUAAUUGCAAAUUUAUCAGAUAUAGAAACGAAUCAAAGGGAAUAUGAGGACAAAUUAUCAAAGGACAGUCAUUUUGAAUUGUUUCUGUGAACUUCUGUUGCUGCAUCUUGCCUUUUCCAAUCAGCUGUUGCUGUGAGUGACAGCUGAAAGGAAGGCGGCCAUUCUCAUUGUAUGCGUUAUAGAUGGUAAAAUAUUCUACAAAGGAUUCCGUAGUCUUUCAUAGAACCCCUCCUUUGCACUCUUGUGAGCAUCUGUUUGGAGUUGGAGAGGAGCAUGGAGGUAGCGAGGGGAAAGAGGUUCAGUUAUGCAUGUCAAACUUAUCAUUUUUUUUAUUUUUAUUUAUGAAACAAUGUUUUUGAAAAGGCAAAUUCCAUAUGGAGUGACGCCUGCCUUGCAAAUAAUACAGCUCUAAAAAUAAAUGUAUGAAUUGGUGACAUAUAGAUAUUAUGCCAAUAUUGCAUUUACAACUUAAUUGCUAUAGAUGGUUACACAAUUUAUGAUUAUUGUCUCGUUGGCCUUCAUGUGUGAUACUACUUAAAGGUACAGUCUGACUGCUUAAAGUGGCUUUGUCGCCCCAAACUUACAAAUGUGACAAAAGGACAGGGCUUAAGGUGAGCUCAAAUUCCUUUAUCUGGUUAACAAAGAUUAAGGUCCAUCCUUUGUCAAGAUUGCCAAAUGUAGGAAAAUGCAUAAAACAAAGUAUUUCCUACUUUGUUUUUAUGUUUUAAAGAGAACAAGCUGACAAAUGAAGAAAGAAAGAACAGAUUCUGAAAGAGGAUGAGAAAAGUAAGUUUGAGGUGACAGAGCCACUUCAAAGGAUCACUGUAGGGUCAGGAAAACAAACAAGUAUUCCUGACCAUAUAGUGUUAAAAACACUAUCUAGCCCUCUCGUCCCCGUUGUACUCAUAAACAUAGUAAAAUCUUACCUUUAUUCCAGUCUGCUGGUUCUGGCUCUGCCCCUGAUCUGCUUCCUUGGCUGACAUCAUCAGAAGUGAUGAUCUCAGCAAAUCACAAUGCUUUCCCAUAGGAGAGAGGGGGCGAGGCUGUACACAGUGUAGCACUGCCCCAGGAAGCACCUCUAGUCAGUGGUGUAUUUUGGAUCUGUGCUGCCCUUGGCAUGACUGAACUCGGGCACCCCCUAAUUUACAUUUGCCCCACCCCUUCAUGUUAAUUCCACACCUCUUCCUGUUCAAGACUAACACACACACUUUGACAGACACACUCUCAGAUACACUGAUUUGACGCAAUCUGACACACACAUAACCACUGACAUACACACAUCACUCACUGACGCAGACUCUCUCACUGACGCAGACUCUCUCACUGACGCAGACUCUCUCACUGACGCAGACUCACUCACUGACAGGCAUACACACACUGACAGGCAUACACAAUCACUCAGACACACACACAUUCACUGACAGAUCCACUCACAGACACCUACUGCCAGACACACACAAUCACUCAGACACACAGGAUCCCUCACAGACAUACUCACGCUCACUCACAGACACACACAAUCACUGACACACACUGACAGACAUAAAGACACCCAACCAGACACACAGACACACUGACAGCCAGACACAGACACACACAUAUUCCCCCGCCCCACCAACAUUCACAGAUUAUUUUUUAAUUUAAAUCCACCCAGCCUCCCUACCUCUGGGAGAGCUGGGUGGAUUUUUUACCUGGGGUCCAAUGUGGCUGCUGGCUGGGCUGCUUGGGCAGGCAGGCAGGGAGGCAGGCGUGCAGACAGUUGGGCGGCUAGCUGAAUUCCAAGGCGGGCGGCGAGGGAGCACACACACACACACACACACACACACUCCCUUUUGGGAGGGAGGGAGGCGGGGACGGACGGACGUGCGGCUAUCUGAAUUCCAAGGUGGGCGGCGAGGGACAAACACACACACACACACACACACACACACACACACACACACACACACACACACACACACACACACACACACACACACACACACACACACACACACACACACACACACACACACACACACACACACACACACACACACACACACACACCUCCCCCCCCCCCUUCACAGAUUAUGGGAGAUCUGGGUGGAUAUUAUUUUUUACCUGGGGCAGAGAGGGAGGCAGGCAGGCAUGUAGACAGUUGACCGGCUAGCUGAUUUCCAAGACAUCAUAUUCUGACUCCCGGCAUCACUCUGUGGCGCGCGAGGGAGCUGAGCAGAGAGCUCACAAAUCAGUGCUUCCUCGCCGCCCGCCUUGGAUCUCAGCUAGCUGCCUGCCCGAGACUAACAAGGUAUUUGCCUGGGCAUUUGGGGGCGGCGUUUUAUGCCGCCCCCUGGAAUGUGCCGCCUAAGGCAAAUGCCUUGUUUGCCUAGCGGCAAAUACGUCCCUGCCUCUAGUAGCAAUCUGUGAAAAGACCGUGUUUGCUGCAAAAACCCUGCAGGGACAGGCUAAACUCAACCUCAUACCUCCAGUGUCAAACUGCUCACUCGAAAAUGGUUGACUGUCUGGAGGGGGUGCCAGGGGACUCCUGGCACUAUAAGCAAUUCAAUGAGAUGACAUGGUCAUAGUGCUUCCAAUGUCCCUUUCUAAGCUUUUUUUUUUUUUCUCAUAUUUUAUUAUUAUUAAUUGAUUGAGAACUAAAAUAAUCCUUCCCUUCCUUCAUCUCUAAUAUUCUUACUUUCCCUACUUCUAUUUUCAACCAAUCUUUAUUUUCUCCCUUCGUUGCCUUCAAUAUUGUUUAUAAUGUACUUGUUGGUGUUGAUUUCACUACAGAUUCUUGGAAUCCUGAGCCAUAGUGAAUUUUGUUGAUGCAUUUAAUUACUGCUUCAAUGAAGAAUAACUAUUUAAGUGGAAGUCCUUGUUUUUUCUCUCUAACUGCUAAAUCAGUCUAAACAUGAGUUACAACGGUCGGAAUGUAAAUUAAAGGGACGUUAUAGUCACCUGAACACCUUUAGCUUAAUGAAGCAGUUUUGGUGUAUAGAACAUGCCCCUGCAGCCUCCCUGCUCAAUCCUCUGCCAUUUAGGAGUUAAAUCCCUUUGUUUAUGAACCCUAGUCACACCUCCUGCAUGUGACUUGCACAGCCUUCCAUAAACACUUCCUGUAAAGAGAGCCCUAUUUAGGCUUUCUUUAUUGCAAGUUCUGUUUAAUUAAGAUUUUCUUAUCCCCUGCUAUGUUAAUAGCUUGCUAGACCCUGCAAGAGCCUCCUGUAUGUGAUUAAAGUUCAAUUUAGAGAUUGAGAUACAAUUAUUUAAGGUAAAUUACAUCUGUUUGAAAGUGAAACCAGUUAUUUUUUUCAUGCAGGCUCUGUCAAUCAUAGCCAGGGGAGGUGUGGCUAGGGCUGCAUAAACAGAAACAAAGUGAUUUAACUCCUAAAUGACAGUGAAUUGAGCAGUGAAAUUGCAGGGGAAUGAUCUAUACACUAAAACUGCUUUAUUUAGCUAAAGUAAUUUAGGUGACUAUAGUGUUCCUUUAAAAAAAAUAAAAAAAAACAACCCUAAAAUGCUGCAUUCUAACCACAUCUUUGGUGUUCAGCAAUGUAAUAAGAAGGUGGAGAAAAGUAAUGCACUAAAUAUAUAAUUAAACUAAACAUUGCUCUGAUGGAAAUCUGUGCAUCCAAUUGGAGAAAAUCUAAAGCUGUGAUAAAGCUCAAUGCUUGUUUGGGGUUUAGUACUAUCUACCAAUAGUAUGCUUGAUAUGGUUAGUGCUUUGUUGUUUUCAUAAAUGUUUUGCGUGAAUUCCUUCUGUUGCUGAUAACUAGACUGUUUAUGGAUUAAAGGUCUGGAAUAUACUACUGGAUAAAAAAAAAAAAAAAUACAAAGUAACAAUUGAUUUAAUGAACAGUACAUGUUGUCUAAAGGAUAGUCAUACUAUCCGUUCCACAUGCUUAUUACUCCCGCCAGCCCGAUCUGUGCCAGAAGUAGGGUGAAUGCGAACAGGUCCUUCGGGUGGAACACUUAUACUGCUGGUGAUAAACUCCACCUAGAUAUUCGCAUGCACAUUGCGGUGUCAGUACUUUGGCGCCAAAUCCAAACAAUUAGGCCUUGCAGACUAUUUAAAUCCAACCACAACUACCUGCCAGCCGGGUGCUGUUUAGCUCUGUUGUAGGUGUGCUUUCACCAGCCCUCGGUAUAUCUUGAGGCCUCCCAAGGUAAGACUUUUUACUUUUGUUUUAGGGCUCUAGUCCGCCUGCUUAGUAUACGGUCGUUAGGCAUUCUCUUUCCUUUUUCUAGUAUGUCUAAUCCUGAAACUGAACAGAAACCUAUGGAGAAAGGGGAAUGUUUAAACAAGUCCAAUCAUCUUCUCUGUGCACCCCGUAAUCAUCCCAUACCAGAUGGUUAUUAAAAGAAAAUGUAUAAUACCUGUUCUAAAGAGGCAGCAGAAGAAGUUAAAAAAAAAGCUGGUGUUUCCUCUUGCCUGUCUUGGUUCCAGACCAGCCACCAGCAAACCUUUAGUGAUAUCAGGGAAGCAGCUAUUCUGUCCCCUGAAUGGGAUGUAAGAUCCGCAAAGAUCGACUCCCGUUCUGAUUCCUCAGGUAGCUCAUCUUCUGAAGAUUCGGAUGCUUCAUCUGAGGAAUUUUCCUUGCCCCAAAAUUUCUUACCAAAGUUUCUCCAUGUAUGGAAGAUAAUGUAUAGCUAAGUAAGCAUAAACAAAUUAAAUCCUUUUUUGUUUACCCUAAUCCUAAAGAUCUCAUGGCUUAGGGAGUGGAAAUGUCCCUCCAAGAAAGCCUUUAUUACCAAACACGUUAAACCCAUAUUUCCCAUUAAGAAGGAAGACAAUAAGACAUUAAAAAGUGAAAGUUGAUUUACAUGCUGGGCAUGAAAACCACUCUGCCUAUUGGAGACUUAAAGGAUCACUAUAGAGUCAGGAACACAAACAUGUAUUCCUGACACUAUAGUGUUAAAACCACCAUCUAGCCCCCCGAGCCCCUCAUGCCUUCAUAAAUAUAGCAAAAUCUUACUGUAUUCAAGCCUGAAGCUGAAUACGGUCUCUGAUUUUUAUUUAUUUUUUUUUAAAUUUUUAAUUUCAACAAAAUCAAUAGACAUACAUCCAUAAAACUAUCAAUGGAAGACAUGCAGCUUUGCGAAAUUCUUUAUAAACUAUUUUUCUUUACUUUAGUGUGUCGGCUCCUGGAAGAUUAAAUCACCAGAAGUCUGGCAGUGAGGAGCAGAUGGUGCUGAUAAGGGAAAACUUAAAGGACCACUAUAGGCACCCAGACCACUUCAGCUUAAUGAAGUGGUCUGGGUGCCAGGUCCAGCUAGGGUUAACCUUUUUUUUUUUUUUUUUAUAAACAUAGCAGUUUCAGAGAAACUGCUAUGUUUAUAAUAGGGCUAAUCCAGCCUCCAGUGGCUGUCUCUUGACAGCCGCUAGAGGCGCUUGCGUGCUUCUCACUGUGAUUUUCACAGUGAGAAGAUGCCAGCGUCCAUAGGAAAGCAUUGUGAAUGCUUUCCUUUGGACUGGCUGAAUGCGCGCGCAGCUCCUGCCGCGCAUGCGCAUUCAGAGGAGGAGGAGAGCUUCCCGCCUGGCGCUGGGAAAAAAGGUAAGAUUUAACCCCUUCCUCUCCAUCCAGCCCGGUGGGAGGGGUACCCUGAGGGUGGGGGCACCCUCAGGGCACUAUAGUGCCAGGAAAACGAGUAUAUUAAAACCACCAUCUAGCCCCCCCUGGGCCCCUCAUGCCUCCAUAAAUAUAGCUAAAUCUUACUGUAUUCAUGCCAGAAGCUGUAUAUCUGCCUGCUGUUUGCCUCAGAAAAAAACAAGCUGUCUGCUGACAUGUGGUAACCUGAUCCAAUCACAAUGCUUCCCCCAUAGGAUUGGCUGAGACUGACAAGGAGGCAGAUCAGGGGCAGAGACAGCAUGAUUCAAACACAGCCCUGGCCAAUCAGCAUCUCCUCAUAGAGAUGAAUUGAAUUAAUGUAUCUCUAUGAGGAAAGUUCAGUGUCUGAAUGCAGAGGGAGGAGACACUGAAUGUUUGGAUGCAUUUUAGGCAGCCAUGACCCAGGAAGGAUCUCUAAGAGCCAUCUGAGGAGUGGCCAGUGAAGUUAUCACUAGGCUGUAAUGUAAACACUGCAUUUUCUCUGAAAAGACAGUGUUUACAGCAAAAAGCCUGAAGGUAAUGAUUCUACUCACCAGAACAAAUACAAUAAGCUGUAGUUAUUCUGGUGACUAUAGUGUCUCUUUAAGUCAGUUACAAAAUGCCAAAAAUGAAAAGAAAGUGGAAACUUCAUUAAUAAACAUUUUUCCAACAAAUGCAGCAGAGAGUAUUUCUUUCAUUACAGGAUGUUAUGUAGCUAAAGGUUUUGGUUGAAUUUGCUUGAAAACAUUUAUCUGGGUGAAUAUAAAAGAGGAUCUCAGAAUAUCAGAAUGGUGUCUGACUUCUUGGCAUAUUCAAGUUCAGAAGCCCUUCAACUAGUGACCAAAUCAAUGGGCUGUCUGGCUAAGAGGUUGGUCAGUAGAUGCCGACUCAAAACACUCAUGGGACAUGCCAUUCGAACAAGGUAGAAAGUUUGACUCUCAAAUGGAUGAUCUACCAAUGGCAGAAAGGAAAAUGUGAUUCUAGUCUAGAGAGCUAAAAAAAGUUUGAAUCUUCAAUAAAAAUAAAUCCUUAUUACAGAGAUUCCUUUUGCAAAAGCAGUUCACGCAGCUAUAAAGACUAACCUACCAAAGACAACAGAUCAUAGGUUAGUCUUGGGCCACUAAUUCUGGCCCAAGCUGAUACGGUGGACACUGAGAUAUUGAAAGAUACCUGGGGUUCCUUGGUACCAGCAAGGAUUUAAAUUUUGCUUCUUUUCACUGCAUGAUGAUUUAUGCAUACACAGCCAUGUGGUCCUUAAGAGGUUAAGAUAACAAACCCUCCUAUCCUAUUUAUCUUUAGAGACACACACUUCUUCAGACUCUCUCCUCCCUGCUAAGUACCACCUACAAGCAGAACUAUAGAAUACAACUAGUGCAAAGGUCAUCAAGUGUGUGUCUCUGUCAUUCUAUCUAACUAAUCAUCCCUGCUAAAUCUUGUACACAGGUGGGCCUCCCUUGAGGUCUCUUUUUAGCAAAUACUCUCCUCAGGUUCUCAUAAAUUCAAUUCACAAGAAUACACGCAGACUAUUCCACUUUGUAUUGAAACCUUUACAAGUACACUGUCACACUCCCAUGUACCUGCAUUCCCCCUUCUCUCCCCUCUCCACUAGGUUUCUUCUUUCUAAGAAUAAUACAUUUUACUUUAUCCCAAUAUUAUGUUAUAUGCUUGCGCCAGGCUCCAUUUUUUUAAAAUGUUUUUGAUGGCUUUAGAUAUCAGCCCUGCAGCCACUAAGCGAGCUUAAAUUGUGAAUCCUGCUAUAACCACUAUAAUUAGUUAUAAUUGUUAUGUAAGGUUUAUAAGGUUUUAUGUUUCAGACUUCCAUGAAUGAAGACAUUCUGUAUGCAAAUAGCUUGCGUUCAUUUUUUGUCUGAAAUGGCUAUUGAGUUUAUUUUUUAUUUUUUUUCUCCCUUGUUUUUAUUUUAACUAGGUUAAAGAUGACGUACUAGACAGAAUUACAUCAAGAUAUCAGAAUUUACCAGAGAUCAAUAUUUCUGACUGUCUGAAUAUAUCUGACAUGGGAAUCUGCAAGCUCGCGCAGAAUUGUCCUGGACUGUUAAGAUAUACGGCUUACAGGUGUAAGCAGCUCUCGGAUACAUCGCUCAUUGCACUUGCCACUCAUUGUCCAUCCCUGCAAAAAGUUCAUGUUGGCAAUCAGGACAGGCUCACAGAUGAAGUGCUCAAACAGGUAAUAAUUACAUUUUUAUUUGUUUUCUUUCUCCCAUCCAUCAAAUGUUAUUGUUCACCUAUCUGUAAUUGCCUGCAAUAUUCACUAUAUGGCCAAAUGUAUGUGGACAAAUGACCCCUUUUCAUUCACUUUUCUCAAUGGGGAGUACCCAACUCGAGACUUCCUGAUUGAAGCCAGGACUUGCAUGGUGAGUUAAUAGCAGAGCUAUCCUGUGCUGUUUUGCAAACUUUGAGGUUAAACAAUUCAUGAACUGUUUAAUCUGGUGAGACGACACCCAGGACCUCCUCAUAAUCAUAACUUCAUUGCAAUGAACUAGUUAUGGUGCCUGGUGUGUCCCUUUUUAAAGAUGAUGCUUCUCUGGAAAUAUUGGACUUAAUCCAGUUCCUGUAUAACAGCCUCAGACUAUUCUCACUGCUCCAUCAAACUUUAAUGUACACACUAUACAUUCUGAUAAAUAGAAUUCCCCUAGCAUCCGUCAUUCUCAAAUACUUUCUUUAUACUGCUAGAUAGUGAAGUGUGAUUAAUCUUUCCGGAGAACACAUUUCCACUGCUCCACAGUCCAUGGUGGUGUCCUUUACAUCCACGCCAGCCCCUAGUUGGCAUUGCACAUGUUGGUUUUUAGGACACUAUUGGCACCCAGACCCUUAAUAUCAUUGAAGUCGUCUGGGUGCAGUGUCCCUGCCCCUGAAUUGUAAAACACUGUAGAGAAACUGCAAUGUUUACAUAGCAGGGUUAAGACUGUCUCUAGUGGCUGUCUACCAACUAGCCACUAGAGGCACUUCAUUCAGUUCCACACAGUUUAAGUCCUCGCACUUUGUGUCCAGUGUCUUGAAAAACCCUAUAGGAAAGCAUGAGUUCUUCAGUGUGACUCAAUGUCUGUCUGUUUAUAUUUUAUGGCUAUAUGCUGGAUAUUCACCUGUUAAUAGAUGAAACACCUGAACUCAAUAAUUAGUAGGGCUGUCCACAUAACUUUUGGACAUAUAGUUUAUGUUAAGAAAUAACAUUUCAGAAAACUGCUUAAAGUUACAUUGGAUAAUACAACUUUAUGCUGAUGGUAGUGUCAUAAUUUUUUACAGCUGGGCACUAAGUGCAGAGAAUUGAAAGAUGUACAUUUUGGCCAGUGCUACGAGAUCUCUGACGAAGGACUGAUAAUCAUUGCCAAAGGAAGUCCAAAACUGCAGAGAAUUUAUAUGCAAGAAAACAAAUUAGUAAGUGGUGUCUGGAUUCACAGAUGUCAGUUGCUGCUUAACGCUUUCAGAGUCAGAAUUAUGAAGCAACGCGUUGGGUACAAUUGGCGUUAUCAGUCUCACUUUAUCACACUUUAUUGUAUUGGCUGUCUAUGACUUUGAUCUUCUAGUUGAAAUGUGCGGUUUGUCGUUUUUUCUCUUAGAGAACAUGCAGAACAUGCGCUGAGCUUGUUGAAUUAGAUAUUUUAAUGAACA